AUGGCCACAAGGGUCUCACGUCUGCGCUGGACUGUACCACCUGCGGCCUUGGCUGCCUAUGGAACGGGGACCCACUUCACCAAUGCCUCGGUCCACCAGGAUUCCAAUUCUGACCCACGAAGCCCCUCUUCGACCCUGACUGGUCAAAAUGACGAGCAACACGGCGACCAGGCCUCAAUUUGGCUGAAUAUUGUUCACAAGUUCGAAAAUAUCAAAGACAAUGUUGUUCCGGGAGAGUGGCGGGAUCUCCGCGGCAACAUUACGAAUCUGAUCGUCCCCGACUGGGCGCGAUUGCUACCUGCUACGGCCCAAAAGCUGCAGCGCGAGCUCUCUUUAGCCCCUGGCUCGCUAGCUGACGACAUAUGGAAGGAGUCUCAAGACCCCGACAUCAACCCGGAAAUUUUGCAGGAUGCCAAGGUGCGGGUUAGCGAUAAGCUCUGCGCAGAGGAGAUUGAGUUCAGGAAGCAGCGACAAAAGCAUGCGGUGAAAGCACUGGCUUCUUAUCUGGGCAUUGCGGUAGAGGACAUUCACCCCGAUGAUGUGCCGGUUAUUGCCAUGUGUGGCUCGGGAGGUGGACUGCGUGCCCUGGUCGCGGGCACAGGUUCAUACCUAGCUGCGCAGGAGGAAGGCCUAUGGGAUUGCGUGACCUACACAGCUGGAGUCAGUGGGAGCUGUUGGCUUCAGACUCUUUAUCAUUCGUCAAUUACGGGCCGCAACUUCAAUAAGCUCGUUGACCACCUGAAAUCCCGUCUCGGCGUUCACAUUGCUUUCCCACCCACGGCACUGGAUCUCCUUACUACCGCGCCGACCAACAAAUUCCUUCUCAGUGGCAUAGUAGAGAAGUUGAAGGGAGACCCUGCUGCGGAAUUUGGACUGGUGGACAUCUACGGGCUUCUACUUGCCUCCAGACUUCUAGUUCCACGUGGCGAGCUUGGAGUCUCGGAUCGAGAUUUCAAAAUCUCCAACCAGAGGGAGAAUCUACUCAAUGGAGCACACCCUCUUCCCAUUUAUACGGCAGUUCGACACGAAAUUCCAGGAACUGUGGAGAGUCCCGAUGACCCUAAGUCUAUACCCGAGGACCUCAUACGGGAAGCCGAAAAGGAGUCUUGGUUCCAGUGGUUUGAAUUCACUCCGUAUGAAUUCUUCUGCGAGGAGCUCAAUGCCGGAAUUCCUACCUGGGCCCUAGGGAGACAUUUUAACGGCGGUACCAAUGAGCUUCCCGAGAGAAACUACCCUCUCCCGGAGCUCAGAGUUCCCGAAUUGAUGGGUAUCUGGGGCAGCGCCUUCUGUGCGACGCUGUCGCACUACUACAAAGAGGUCCGGCCCCUAGUCAAGAGUCUCGCCGGAUUCGGUGGUAUCGAUUCUCUGAUCCAGGGCAAGAACCAAGACCUUAUCCGAGUGCACCCUAUCGACCCUGCUGCUAUUCCCAACUACGUGAUGGGCAUGAAAGGUCAACUUCCGGCCUCUUGCCCUGAAUCUAUCUUUCGCAGCAGUCAUUUGCGUCUGAUGGAUGCGGGCAUGAGCAAUAAUCUGCCCAUCUAUCCACUUAUUCGCCCUGGUAGAGACGUCGAUGUGAUAGUUGCCUUCGACGCUUCCGCGGACAUUAAACAAGAAAACUGGCUUUCUGUUGUCGACGGAUACGCCCGACAGCGUGGCGUCAAAGGUUGGCCCAUCGGUGCUGGAUGGCCCAAACAGGGUUCGAGCCUAGAAGAGACCAAGCAAGCUCUUCAAGAAUCGCAGCACGCGACGGAACAAAAAGCGAAUGAGAAAAUGGCAGAUGCCCAGAGUCACAGCCCCUCUCAUCCAGAUGACUCCACCAAGGCGGCAGACUCAGAUUUGAGCUACUGUAAUGUCUGGGUCGGAACUAAGGAAGAGCGGAUCAGCGAGAAGGAACCUCCCCCAUCGAAGCGCCUCUUCCACCCUGAACAAACAGGAGACCACGCCGAUUCUGAAUUUCAUCUCAUGCAGCCGGAAGCCGGUAUCGCUGUCAUUUAUUUCCCUCUGAUUCCGAACCCCGACGCGCCGGAUCUCCCACCUGUCCAAAAAACACGCCCCUUAUCCGCCGUGGAAUCCAUCAAGCAGAAGCAGAACGAACCUAAUGCGAAGGACCCUGAACCACCUCUGGCCCCUCACCCGAACUCAAUCGACCCUGAGGUUGAUGAUUUCUUGUCUACAUGGAACUUUAUCUACACGCCUGAGCAAAUUGACUCUGUGGUUGGAUUGGCCAGGGCUAAUUUCAACCAGGGCAAAGAGCAGGUUCGUCGGGUUGUUCGGGCGGUUUAUGAGCGGAAGAAGAGUGAUCGACUACGAAAGGAGCAAGAGGAUGCGCGGAAGCAGCUGGAAGGAUUUGUGCCUCUCUAA